CAGAACCGCAUGUCCCGAACCUCAGGAGGGCUCGGCUGCAGGUAGAGCCAUCCGGAACCAUGGGAACCCAGGGCCCGGGCCGGAAGAGGAUUCCGAACCGGGACAAGCUGGCUGCGGAGGAGGAUGCGCUGAGCCAGAUAGCGCGAGAGGCCGAGGCCCGGCUGGCGGCGAAGCGGGCCGCCAGAGCCGAGGCCCGAGAGAUCCGGAUGAAGGAGCUGGAGAGGCAGCAGAAGGAGCUGUUUCACUCCAAGAAGUAUUAUGGUCUGGAUAACAAGUGGGGUCACAUCGAGCAGUGGAUGGAGGACAGCGAGCGUUACUCUCGUCUCUCUCGGAGACACACCUCGAUCUCUGAUGAUGAGGAGAGAAUGUCUGUGGGCAGCCGGGGCAGCUACCGGCCCUCGGACUAUGGCGGCCUCCUGGCCUCCAGCUCUCGGGCCUCCUCCAGGGCCAGCUCGGCCCGGGCCAGCCCCGUGGUGGAGGAGAGGACGGACCGGGAGUUCAUUGACAAGGGCUCCAGGACGGCGUCCACGCUGUCCGCCGCCACACUGGCCUCUCUGGGCGGAGCCUCGUCACGCCGAGGAAGCUGUGACACAUCGUUCUCUGUGGAAACGGAGGCCUCGAUCAGAGAGAUGAAGGACUCGCUGGCGGAGGCGGAGGAGAAGUACCGCAGGGCCAUGGUGUCCAACGCUCAGCUGCACAACGACAAGACGGCGCUGAUGUUCCAGGUGGAGAACCUGAUGGAGGAGCUGAGUGACGUGGAGGAGCUGCUGUGGGAGGCCCGGCGCCACUGGGACGACGCCACCAAGGAGCUGGAGCGUGAGCGCCAGGCCCACAGCGUCCUGAAGGUCCAGUUCAAGCAAACAGAGGAAACCCUGAGGCAAAGCAACGAGCUGCUGACGGAAGUCUCUGAUUUGCGUCAGAAGAGCAGCAGCUACCGGCAGGAGAUCUCUGACUUGCAGGAAGCUCUGCAGUGGAAGGACAAGAAGAUCGCGGCGUUAGAGCGCCACAGAGAAAUCUCCGACAUCGUUCGGAUCGAACGCGACCGGCUCACAGAUGAGGUGGUUCAACUGCGAGACUCACUGAAGACCCAUGGCGUGGCCGUCUCUCCUGACACCGCCACCAACGGCGACGCAGACCAGACCGAGGAGGAAUCUCCCUCCCUAUUGGCCGAGGACUCGCCUCACAGCGGGAGAGAGAGCAUGCUCGAGCUGCGGAUGAAGAAACUGUUUGAUGACAGAGAAGGCUUACGGGAUCAGGUCAGACUUCUCCAGUCUCAGCUGGACCAGAGGAACGGGGUGGAUGGAGUUCAGAACCCCGGGCCGAACCCCCAGGAGAACGGCAUAGACCCUCAUCUGCUGGACCUGCAGAGAGACGCCAACAGGCAGAUCAGUGAACUCAAGUUCAAGCUGGUGAAAUCUGAGCAGGAAGUCACGACUCUGGAGCAAAAUGUGCUGCGGCUUGAGGGUCAGGUGUGCCGCUACAAGUCGGCGUCUGAGAACGCGGAGAAGAUUGAAGAUGAGCUGAAGGUGGAGAAGAGAAGACUGCAGAGAGAGCUCCGUUCGGCUCUGGACCGCAUCGAGGAGCUGGAGGUCAGCAACAGCCACCUGUCCAAGCGUCUGGAGAAGAUGAAGGCCAACAGGAACGCCCUGCUGGCCCAGCAGUGAAGGUUCGUCCUGGGCCGGGUCUUCAGACAGCUGGGCCAGGUCCAGAACAUUUCAGAGACACUUGUGAACAGAAGACAAUCAGAACCAGGUGGUGGAGGAGCUGAAGCUGAGACAGGUUGCUCAGGGUCGUCCAAAAUGUUUCCUCUAACCGGUUCGAUCUAACUGGUUCAGCCCGGUUUUAACUGGUUCGAUCCAGUUCUAACAGGUUCAAACCAAUUCUAACUGGUUCAAUCCGGUUCCAACCGGUUCAACCCGGCUCGAUCCGGUUCAACCCGGUUCUAAGUGGUUCGAUCCGGUUCAACCUGGUCUGGACCUUUAGAGUUAGUUUAUACAUUGUUCUCUGUUUUUCUCUUCUGUUUUUGUUUUCUUUCUGAAAUAUUGUUUAGUGUUUUUCUGACUAUAUUUAAAUCAUUUUAGUUAGUUCUUUAUCACUAACCGGAUCAAACUGGAUCAAACUGGUCUGGACUCUGCAGAUUUAGUUAAUAUUUUGGUUUCUGUGUUUUUCUCCUCUUUUCUUGCUGAAUCGUUAUUCUGUCAUUUCUGUGACCUUUGGUCUGAUUUUAGUUGUUUCCUCUCGGACUGGACAUCCAGCCGUUUUAACCAGUUAUUAGUUUAGUUGCUCUUCAUCUUUUUGUCUCGUUUUAUUUUUGAAACACUCUGUUGGCUCGUUCUUGAUUAUUGCUGAAAGUGGAUGAACUGCAGGCUAAAAGUGGAACUUUGAGACAAACGUCUCUGAAACUCAACUGGUCCAGACAGAACCAGCAGUGAAUGUAGCCCCGCCCACUUUGCUGUUCAGGAAGUGCAAGGGGGCGUGGCCACUGGACUCACCUGAAUGAUUGGACUUUACCUGACAGCCAGGAUGUAACAACAGCAGCUUUAGAUGAAUGAAGGGUUCUGAUCCUGGAGCUGAACAGAACCAAGCCAACACAGCCAAUCACAGCGCAGAACUCUAUCGAAUAAACCCAUCGUCAUGACGAAGGCUCAGACAUUUUAGAUUCACUGCUAUUUAUUGUGAAAAGGUUUCAGUUGGAGAGGUGAAGCUGUGACCUGAUUCCAUGUUGAGUUUCAUGUUCUGCUUUUUGUUAUAAAUAUGAUCAACAUCCUCUCUGCUGCUGCUCUUUGCUGUCAGAUGAACAACCAGGAUUUAAAUCUGUCAUUUUAUUCUGUCUGUUGAAAAGUGCAAAACAUGGAUUAUUAAAAUAGCAGAAUGAUUACAUAAUAAGAUGGUUCAAGUUAAACCUUAAAAGAAACCAUAAAAUGUGUUGUUUCCUGCUGUC